AAGGAGGCAGUUGUGAGCUGCAAAGAAAGAAAGGGAGGGACCCUUGUUUCCCAUCCGUGCGAAUGUCCAUGUCGGCCACUCCCAAGGCAAGGCAACCAGCCACCCUGGGAUUUGUUUAUUGCCUUCUCAUGAAAACGCAUGGCUGCCCCCACAUCAACACCUGCAGCUCUUGCCUGCUGCCAUCUGCUUUUCUGGUCGCCUUGUCCAUUCUUCUCUCCUAUAUCUUCCUCUUCCUCCACUCCUCACCAACUGUAUCAUUCUCAACUUCCUUCCACAAAAAUUCUUUCAAAAUGACUACUUCUGAUGUAUCUUCUCACCUCUCUGUGCAUUCCUCUGCAAGUGCAGAAACCCACCAGAGUGUGAGCGAAGCAGAUCUAAGCUUGUGCUUGAGCCUUUCUCCUUCUGCAAAUAUGGGAAAGGGCUAUCCUAGGGUUUCUGGCAAUGAGUCUGUUGGGCCAGUGAAGGAAUCUGCAGAACAGAAGCAGCUAAGUGAAAUGGGUAAUGGUGGGUGGUUUAAGGGCAGAUUGAAGAGAGUUAACAGUGAGACAAUUGGUGGGGAGGAGGAGAGGAAGAGGAGAGUUGUUAGCCUCCAAUUGUGUGAACCUUCUUGUGAGCAGGUGCAGGGCAACAUUCAUUCCUCUCUCAGGACUCCAGCUGUGGGGUGGCCUCCUCUUCAAACAUGCAGAAAAAAUGCAGUUUAUGCUCAGCAAAGGUCCCCUCCCCAUGAAAAUGUGGAAGAGACAACCAGUGGCACUUCUGUGGAGUGUAAAAGGGGCUCAAACUUUGUAAAAGUAGUCAUGGAUGGCAUGCCCAUUGGCAGGAAAGUAGAUCUGAAUGCACAUAACAGCUACAACAGUCUGGCCCUAACACUGGAGAAUAUGUUUCAACUGCCCCCCAUCUUGAAAGAUGAGCGCAAUGGGCGGCUUCUGGAUUCUGCAUCUGAUUACUUAUUGACCUACGUGGACAAGGAUGGAGAUUGGAUGCUGUUGGGCGAUGCUCCAUGGGAAAAUUUUGUCAAGUCUGUGAAACGUCUAAGGAUCUCACAUUCUACCAUUAAUGGAUCUUCAUCUGAGUUGGUUGGAGCUAAAGAUUAUAAGAAGAUGAAUUAUAGAACCAGACAAUUUAUAGAUUUUGUAAAUGCCCAAAGGCUCUAAAAUUUAAAUCCAGUGCAUAUCAUAGUACAAUUUCCUACAAUUUUUUUUUGUUCAAAUUGAGCUACCAUGAGAAUAAUAUUUUGGGUGGGAACUUUUAUUGUUUCCCCUUAUUGCAGA